UGUUUAAAAACAAUACGUAUUGCUACGGGUUCAAACCUUGAAACCAGUGAUAAUAUAUUCGUCUUAACUGUGGACAAUAAAUAUUUAGACGCGUUGUUUCCAAACUAUUUCGCGUCACCGUCAGAAAACAAAAACGCAGAUUUUAGAGACCCGACGUUUCAACUUUAAUAACUCCUGAGAGACGAAUCCUUUCUGUGAAACUGGGAAUAGGAAAUGCGUUCAAACGUGUUGUUAGUAUAUCGGAUACGUGAGUCAUACAGAUAUCCGAUAUCCCGCCUCCACCAUUAAAACAAGUUGAAUUUUUUAGUUUCGUUUCUUGAAUUUAUCUCCUCCCGGUCUGGUUAUGCAAAAGAGAGAGCGGGAGAUUUGUUUUUUAAAAAAAAAACAGAAACAGAAACUCGCUUAAAACAUAAACGUUUCACCUGCAACGCGUUUCUCGACGAGGGGUAUUAACAAACCUGAGUCAUGGAAAACCGGCUCCAAUUUAAAACCGACGAUGAACUGAGGCAGUUUUUCCGAUUGAAGAAAGUCGAGAUCGCUUCAAUCAGAGAUCCUUUCAAGCUCCUCACCCAACUGAGAGACAGCGAUGUCAUCCCAGAAGAGAAAUACCAGGAGGUUUACGGACGGAAAAAACAGAAGGCUCGCUACAGCCUCCUUGAAUGGAUGGAGAAGGAGAAGCCACAACUCAUCCGUCCGUUUUGGGAGUGUGUUUUCCAGGAUCACAUGAUUCAGUCCUACCCCGCACUGAAGCUCAUGAGGGACAGCCUUUUGGAAAGACCCAGCGGUGCUGAGAACGACAGGGCGGGUUCUUCCAGGACCGGACCCGGCAGUACUGCUCAAUCUCCGGGCACCUCUGCACAGAACCGGGGUCGGACCAGACUGAGGAAGAGACCGAAACCUGCCAAACCCACUAGCGGACCCAGCGGUGCUGAGAACGACGGGGCGGGUUCUUCCAGGACCGGACCCAGCAGUACCGCUCAAUCUCCGGGCACCUCUGCACAGAACCAGGGUCGGACCAGACUGAGGAAGAGACCGAAACCUGCCAAACCCACUUAUGGUUCGUUUUCGCAGGGCGGGUCGAAGGAGGACAAACAGCCCAUUUGGACCUUCGCCCUUUACAGAACCACCCUUCCAGUCACCUGCGGACAGAAGCAAGGCAGCCUGCACAGGGAGAGACUGAGCAAAGGGGAGCCCUGUGUGUCAGUCGAGGGUCGAUGGUUCAGCCCCUCAGAAUUUGAGGAGUUGGCGGGACGGGGGAGCAGCAAAAAUUGGAAAAAAAGCAUCUACUGCAACCGCACCCCACUGAGCAAACUGUUUGAGGGGGGUCACCUUACAUCUCCACCCCUUAAAAGAAGAAAAACAGGCACAGCAACUGGGGAGGGACGAGCUAAAUCUCAGACACCCCCGAAGAGAAAUCUACCUGAAGCAAGUGAUGAAAGCACAAACAGUCCGAUAAAGUUCACACCGUUAGAAUCUGAUGAUGAUGAUGAUGAUGAAGAAGACCUCUCCAUCUUCUCUCCUGAAACUCUCCAGGUUUCUUUCGGACGUGUUCAAGGAAUUCUUCACAAGGAACGCUUCGCUAGUGGGACAUGUGGAAAGUGUAUCCGUACCCCAGAAAGCUGGCUGACCCCCCACGACUUCACCAGGAUGGACGGGAGGGUGGCUGACAAGUCUUGGAGGAAAAGCAUCCUCUGUAAAGGGAAGCCUCUAAACUAUCUCAUAAAGAAAGAAAUCCUAGUGAUUCAUUCUCUUCUGUGCAAAUGCCAUAACUGCGAGGAUUUAACUGGCUGGCAAGACAAUGAUGACGAGUGUACGGUCUGCUCCCACGGAGGGAGUCUCAUCUGCUGUGACCUGUGCCCCCUGGCCUUCCACGCAGACUGCCACGUUCCCACGGCAGAGGAACCAGCCUCCAGUGGUAAAUGGUUCUGCUCCUUCUGCAAAAUCGAGGUUCAGCAGACGCCUCGGAACCGCUGUCAAACCAAGACGGAUGUUCUGGCUCUGGAGAUCAGAACGCAGCUGUUGGAGUGCCAGUAUCUCUUGCUCAGGCUGUACAGCUCAAAGGACAGCGGGAUCUUCUGUCCCAAUCCCUGCCACACGGUGGAGGGCUACACUGACUUCAUUGACAUGCCCAUGUGGCUGGACAAGGUCAAGGAGAAGCUGGCCAGCGAUCGCUACUCCACGGUGGGGGAGUUCGUGAGAGAUGUUAACCUGAUCUUCCAAAACUGUGCCCAGCUGCACAAGGAUAAUCGGUAUGGCAGAAUGGGCCAGAAACUCCACUCUGUGUUCGAGGAAAACUUCAAAAAUGUUUUUGGUAUCGAGCAGUAAAAACUAAUCCACUGUCUGCACUGAAAUGAACAGCGCCCCCAACUGCCCUGGAGGUCUAUUACCUCGUUUCCAUGACCACAAGAUUGACAGCCAAUCAUUGUCAAGCAUUCCCCCUCAACGCCCAUUUCUAGUCGAGUGAAGACUCGAUCAUUGUGAGUUUGACGGGAUGUUGGCGGUUCUUUCCCAGCAUGCCUUGGGGCUAGGGUCCCGUCCAAGCGUUGACGAAACCGAAUCUCUCUUUGCUUCCGAUAAUCAAUCAUUUUUAAGCAUUUUGUUACUGAAACAAAAAACUAGCUCAAUAUUAAAGCAGGGAGGUAACCCUCCCGCUGUGGAUUCAAUGCUCCCGCCUCCUCGUCGCUCGGAUUGGUCAGAGGGCAGCUCGGACUGGCAGCGGAUUGGCCAGCUAAAUCACCAUGGAGGCACAGUAUCGGAGGACAGCAGGGUUUUGAACCCGCGUUGAGUGGGGCAUGGAAGCGAGGUAGAAGGUUUGUUAUGGAGCUCAAUUAUAGUUCCAUAUAUUACAUAUUAAUUUAUUUUAAUUCAUGCAUUUCCUUUAUACACAGUCCAUUACAGUAUCCAUAGGCAACACAUUUUUAAUACCUAACACACUGUAAUAACUCAAAUACUGCACAGUCACUUGCUUAAAUGUAAAUUCUAUUUUAGCCUUUCUAUAGAAGAAGAGACUCUGAGGUCUUGAGAUCUUGUGCUGAAUUCUUGUUUAGUUUGUCCCAUACAAGGUAUCUCCUCUCCUUCUCUCAGUGUAAAUUCAAUGGCAAACGUUUCCACUAGAAGUCUCUCUCAGCGUCUUCCGUGUAAAUUCAAUGGCAAACGUUUCCACUAGAAGUCUCUCUCAGCGUCUUCAGUGUAAAUUCAAUGGCAAACGUUUCCACUAGAAGUCUUUCUCAGCGUCUUCAGUGUAAAUUCAAUGGCAAACGUUUCCUCUAGAAGUCUCUCUCAGCGUCUUCAGUGUAAAUUCAGUGGCAAACGUUUCCACUAGAAGUCUCUCUCAGCGUCUUCAGUGUAAAUUCAAUGGCAAACGUUUCCACUAGAAGUCUCUCUCAGCGUCUUCAGUGUAAAUUCAAUGGCAAACGUUUCCACUAGAAGUCUCUCUCAGCGUCUUCAGUGUAAAUUCAAUGGCAAACGUUUCCACUAGAAGUCUCUCUCAGCGUCUUCAGUGUAAAUUCAAUGGCAAACGUUUCCACUAGAAGUCUCUCUCAGCGUCUUCAGUGUAAAUUCAAUGGCAAACGUUUCCACUAGAAGUCUCUCAGUGUCUUCAGUGUAAAUUCAAUGGCAAACGUUUCCACUAGAAGUCUCUCAGUGUCUUCAGUGUAAAUUCAAUGGCAAACGUUUCCACUAGAAGUCUCUCUCAGCGUCUUCAGUGUAAAUUCAACGGCAAACGUUUCCACUAGAAGUCUUUCUCAGCAUUUUAAGCCAUUGAAUUUACACUGAAGACGCUGAGAAAGACUUCUAGUGGAAACGUUUGCCGUUGAAUUUACACUGAAGACGCUGAGAGAGACUUCUAGUGGAAACGUUUGCCAUUGAAUUUACACUGAAGACGCUGAGAGAGACUUCUAGUGGAAACGUUUGCCGUUGAAUUGACACUGAUCUGUGAUUUCUAAUUGAUUGUAAAUACAUUUUAACCUACUGAUGAAUGUAAACUAGAUUGUACUAAUUUUUAGCCUUCUGGUUGUUAAGAUCACAAUAUUGAAUAGGGAAUAUUGACUAGAAGUGAAGUCUGAAAUAUUUCCUUUGGAAGACACACCUGAGCUUGUUAGCUAGACACACUGGGGGCUGAUCAAGCUGGUAGCAGUAAAACCUGGAAUGGAUCACGCUGCUGUGGGAUAGGAGUCUGAUUCCCAGCCCUGUCUGCAUAGAAUUCAAUUACACAUGGAAAAAAAAUAAGACCACAGAGACGUUCUGCAAAUUCAGAUGCCAUGGUAGUUUUGUUAAAGGGGAAGAAACUUCCAGAGGGAAUAGUUCAUUUUUGGCCGUCACUUCCAGGUAAAAUUCCCUUUAAGAGAAUUAUAUUUUGGAAUGUUACUAAUUUUUUUUUAAAUUAUAUAUUUUUUACUUUUGUAUAAUUAUUUUUCAAUGUAUUUCUUAAAAAAAGAUUUUUUAUUGAUUCAAAUACAGUACACAAUUCUGUUGAUUUAUCUAUGUCUGUCAAUACAGGUAAGCUAAUAAUAUUUAAAUAAAAAACAGCUGUAUCGCAUCAA